AUGUCCUCACUUGGCAACUCUGGGCCCCCAUCGGAGCUCUCCCCGACAGAACGAGCCUUGAAAGAAUCCCUUACCAAAACCGAGUUUCGCGACGUGCAUUUGUAUGCCUUCACACGCAGAACAGUCUAUCUCGGCGAUGGCUCGAGCAAGAUCGGACAUCCUCUUCCAGUGCUCGCGAUAGGCUCCAUCUUGAAAGACUCUGAGCACUUCGCAAAAUUGUUGACAUCAGGCUUCGCGGAGAGCCAAGUCACUGCGGACCCCUCUGUAGCUAUCCGCGAGUAUGCCCUUGCGGAUGAAUACGACUACGAGUCCGACAGCGACCUGGACGAAUGCGAGGAAGCGGAAGAUACACCCACGCCCGGAAGCUCGAAACCUCCCAUGACCCCCGAUAGCAAGGGAAAACGCAAGGACGAGGAGCCCAGCGCUCCGGACGAGGACAAGAAGCAUCUUGCUGAGGGCCGACCGCCCCAGCAUCGAAUCCUUUUACCUAGCGUCGCACACAAAACUCUAUGCGCGUGUGUCUUCUAUCUCUACACGGGCAAAGUCAACUUUAUGCCCCUUCGCUCAGCGGGCGCAUCGCAAAGGCAGUUCUCAAUGCUCACGGCUGGGGGUGCUACGAAAGCGCCGCUCUGCUCUCCGAAGUCCAUGUAUCGUCUAGCGGAGUCUUACGGCAUCGCGAAUUUGCAGGACCUUGCCUACAAUGCUAUCCUAGCGCGCCUGACCCCAGCCAACAUCGUCGAGGAGGCGUUUUCGCGCUUCUUCGCGAGAUACGACCGAUUGCGGGAACACGCGGUCUCGUACCUAUCACAGAACUACUCUGACCCCAGGGUACAGGCCUCCCUGCAAGACGCCCUCGACAAGGUCUUGAUGGGACAAGCACCCCACGCCGGGCCCCUCUUGCGCUCCCUGCUUGGUCUUCGUAUAGCCACUGCGCCACCUUCACAGAGAACCUCCUCGGAAAGCACUACAGGUCCUCCAGUCAAAGCAACGUCGUCCAUGAACGGUGUGUUCGGACCAUCAUCAUUCUCGAGCUUCGGCUUCGCAGUCUCUCCCGGGGCGGCGAAGGAGCCCUCCGUAAUACCUUCCUUAUGGUCGCUCGAAGGGAGGAACGCCGCCGGUCCCAUCAACGCCAAAGACGACAGCGAGGGUGAUGACGGCCAGGAAGUUCCGAUCAAAGGCAAAAAGGGAAAGAAAGCUAGUGCUAGAAGGCCAUGA